AUGUCGGAGAAAAAGAAAUCAUCCAAGCGCCGUGCCAAGGCAACCGAAAAGGAAGAACCCGAAGAACCCAAGGCAAUUGUAACAGAAGAGUCCAAGGAGCCGAAGCUCGACAAACUGGAGGCGAAGAUCAUUCGACAUCUGUCCAGUACGGAUGAGAGUAAGCGCAAUUUGCAGGUUUGCAAGUUGGCCAAGUGGUUCAAGAUGAGGACCAGCUUCGCCAAAGAGGACUUUGUUCCUAUUUGGAGGGCUUUGUGUACAACCGUUUCGAUGUGUGAAAAUCCAAUUGGCCAGCAAGAACUGGCCCAGCGUCUGGCCAAAAUGGUGGACAACUUUGGCGGUAAAACGUCCUACAGCCUGGCCUUUUUUAGUGCAUUCAUGAGCACUAUGGCUGAGGAUAUAUUUGGUCCUGAACAGUGGCUCAUGGAUAAGUUCCUUAUCCUCGUCCGUCAAAUGUUACAUCACAUCCUGCUGCUGCUCAAGCAGAAUAAUUGGUCAGUGAAGUUGAUUAAGACCUUUAACAAGGGCAUUCAAAAGUCUGUGUUUUCUAAACAGAUCAAGAGUCGUGGCCUCUCUUUGCACUAUUUGAAUAUAUUUUUCAUUGAACUGGGCAAGGUGGCCGAUGGCGAAAUUACUGCCGAACAGGUGAAUAUCUUUUUGCGUCCCUUCAUUAGCUAUCUGGUGAAGCAGAGCGAUCUCCAACUGAUGGCCCAGAGUCGCUCAAAAGUGCUUCAUUACUUGCUAUAUCAGAGCGAAUUGGGACGGGAAUAUAGCGUAAAGUAUAAUGCCUGGAAGAGUUUCAACUAUCCGAUGACUCCGCCGACCAUUUCUCGUGAUCCAAAGGCGGGUAUUGUGGACGUCCUGAUCCCUGUGUUGCCCAUUGAUCCGGAUUUUAUAAUUAAUGAGCUUAAGACUCUGAUUAAUACCAAUAACUUGACCAGAAGCCGGUACAGAAGUUUGGGCAAACUUAUGAACAUAUUUGAGACCUAUAAGGGCGGGAAAUUUCCCCUGGGUAUGCGUGAGAUGGAAAAGAUUGAAAUGUACACUCGCAUUAAAUCUUUAGAAAAGCAGUGUGCAGAAUUUGAGAAUAUGCUGCACGAGGUCUUUGACAGUAUCAAAGAACUUGAAAAUCUUCCCGAAUCGAAACGCAAGCAACUUUGGGACUGUCUAAAAUCGCAUCCCAAUAUUAUAUGUAGUAAAGAAUGGGAGCAUUUCAUGACCAAAAAUGCAUUGGUGAAGGAAAUUGUUACAGAACAAGAUUUAGCAACUAAAAACCAAGGCGAGAAUCUUGAUGCCCAGGAAGGACAAAAGGAGAAACCUAAGAAGAAAAAGAAUACCAUUAAACAUCCUGAAGUAGAACAGCCGCAGGAUGAGCAGGAAAACCCAAUGCCAUCCACUUCUAAAAUGGCAUUAAAACGCAAAUCUAAAACGGACGAAAUGUCAAAGAAAAAGUCGGCGAAGAAAACCUGCGAUUCCCCGCAGGAAGAGGUCAAGAUCAAGCAAAAGAGUACUGCUGCCAAGGAAGGGCCAGAAAAGCUUCUAAAACGGAAGAAGUCAAUGUCCUCCGAGGCCAUUACCAAAAAGGUCAAACGUAAUGUAGAGAAUGAUGAAGAACCAAAACCAAGCACCUCUAAAAAUGUCAUCAGCGCAGAACCAAAGGUAAAUAAGAAGAAGUCCGAAACCCGUAAGGAUGAGAAGUCCCAACCAAAAAUGGAAGAGUUGCAGCCAAAACAGAAGGAUUCGCUCACAUCUAUCCAUAAAACUGUUACAAAACCACAAAUACAAGCUUUCGUAGCCUCAAAAAUGAAGCAGUUUGUUCCCCAGAAGCAUGAUGACGAGAUGGUAUCUCAGCAAAAAUCUGUCCAGUAUGUCAAUCCAAAUCCCAAAAAGGUCAAAUGUAAUGUAGAGAAUGAAAUAAUGAAGAACCAAAACAGAAGGCGAUCCCUUUGA